AUGGCCUGGCUCGCUCGCUUGCCGAAGCGGCGCCAGCCAGGCCCUGAUCUUGAGGCCGAGUCGUUUGAACCGGCUGGGAGCUCCUCUGAAGGUGCCGUUGGCUUGGACAGCUCAAGGCCGACGGACCCCGCGCCGGCGGCUCCGGUGGCGCCGGCGGCGGCGCAGACGGCGGCCGCCCGUGGCCGGGCCGCGCUGCCGGCGCCACGGGACUUGGCGCCGAGGCCGCGGAGACGCCUCCGCUCCUCAGAGGAGGCGGAAGUCAUAUUGGAUGACAGGGGUGACAACGAGGAUCCCAUCGCCCGGCCCCGUCGACGCUUGAGGAGCUCUAUCUCAGAGGAGCAUGAAGUGUUUUGGAGCCCUUUGCCACGGGCGCGGCCGAAGCCGCAGAACCCGCUGGACCUGGAGCUCCCACGGCGGCGGUUACGACCGGCAGAGGCCUUUGGACCAGACAUGCAGGCCAUCGACCUGGAAACACGCAGUGCUCCGCGAGCGGACCCCAUUGAGAUCCCGGACAGCCACGCCACGCCGGACGCGCGGGGCACGCCAGACGAGGCGUGGCCACAGCCCCGGGCGCGACCACGCCCUGCGGUCGUGGCACGCCCGCGCAGCGCGUUGAGCGACCAGGAGAUUGCCCGCAUGCUGCAGCUCGAGGAGGCUCAGCAGGCAGCGCUCCUGCCAAUGGCUCCUGCCACCCAUAGGCGCCAGUCGCCCAUGGACCGAGCGCUCAAUGCCGCCAUGGCGCGGGGAGGCGUGUUAGCGGAGGCAGUGGCGAGCCAUGAGCAGCAUCUUCCCAGCGGGAACUGGAGAUUCGCAGUGGUGCCAGCGGCCCAGCCGGCCGUUUGCCGGGGCUGCGAGGCGCGCAUUGGGCGCCACGUGGUGGCGGUCUUCUUUCGAAGCGGAAGGACAGCUUCGUCUUCUGUCGCGCACCUGGCAUGCCUGGCGCUGGUCCCUGGGUUGCAGGGCCCCGGAAGUCGCGGAGAGGUGGCUUUCAGCCCCUUCCUGGACACUGCUGCCAGGUCAGACGCUUGGGCGGCUCUGGAAAUGCUGCCAGCUUACGCGCCGGCCAGGGGGCGGCAGGCACCGGGCUCAGACGGCUCGCUGCAGCAGCAGCUGCAAAGGCGGCUCCUGGCAGGUCGGGACUUUACCUCCGAAGACUACGAGCUGCUGCUGCAGCUGGACGGCCCCUCUGGCUCCGCGAGAACCGCUGAGCAGACGGAGGAGCAUUGUUACUUGCGCAGCCUGGUUGAGAUGCUGCCCCUCUCCACCGUGUCUGGAAGCAACGUCUCGGACUGCAUGGUCUGCUUGGAGCCCAUGGAGGUGUCCCAAGAGGUAAGGACGCUGCCUUGCAUGCAUGUGUUCCACCGGCAAUGCAUUGAUCGCUGGCUCUGCGAGCCGGGCCGGCGCCCGCGCUGCCCCAUCGAUCAGGCGGAGGUGCGGCCGGGAUAG